AUGACAGAAAGUUAUUUAACAACAGAUAUUAUUGUUAUUAUUGUCCUAGUAGUUGUAUUAGUUCUAGUCGGUGUCGGUGCAUUUUUUAUUCAUUUUUAUUGGACAAAAAUUGGUGUAUCUGAAAUUUGGAAUACAGCUAAAUGGAGUUCAAUGCGUAGUUCAAUGUAUCAAACAAUACGUCGAUUUAGUCGAGGAAAUACUAGUAAAUUUACUUCUGAACGUCCUUAUUCUGGUACAUCCAUAUAUACAAAUGAUAUUGAUGAUGACUUACAACCACCACCACCACCACCACCAUCAGACACAAUACAAGAGAAAAAAUUGAAUCCUAAUAUUACUACAUAUAUCCCAUCUCCAAAUAAUUAUUCUUCAAAUAGAAAGUUAGAAAAGUUACCUUCAACAAUUGCAUAUAAAACUCCUAUAUCUCAAAAUUAUGGAACAAAAAUUGGUCAACCAAUUGAAAAUACAAUUAUUUAUAAUAUUCAUGAACAUAAUAAUCCAUACAAUGAACCAUCUCCUUAUAUAGAAAAACACCGUUUCUGA